AUGGCCAAUUCCAUUUUGGGAGCUGGGAUCAUUGGCCAGCCAUUUGCUUUCAGAAACGCUGGACUUGUUGGCGGAAUCUUGGUAAUGAUUGGUUUGACUUUUGUCAUUGACUGGACUCUCCGAUUGAUUGUCAUCAACUCCCACUUGUCGCAGACUAGAUCGUACCAAGACACCGUAAACUAUUGCUAUGGAACUUACGGCAAGAUCUUACUUUUGUUUGCUAUUAGUUCCUUUGCGUAUGGAGGUUGUAUGGCUUUCUGUGUAAUCAUCGGUGAUACCAUACCUCAUGUAUUGAAGGCAUUCAUCCCCAAAUCGGUCACUAGUUCUGACUCCGUUUUUGGAUGGUUGUUCAAGCGUAAUUCAAUCAUUGUAUUGUUCACCACUUGCAUUUCAUAUCCCUUGUCGCUUAAUAGAGACAUCUCUAAAUUGGCAAAGGCUUCAGGCUUUGCAUUAGUAGGGAUGUUGAUCAUCGUAGUUCUCACUGUAGCCAGAGGGCCAUUUGUGGAUCCUUCGUUGAGAUCUGAUUUGACAGCCUUGGAAUGGACAGUUAACUUUAACAUUUUCCAAGGUAUUUCAGUUAUUUCUUUCGCAUUGGUCUGCCACCAUAACACCAUUCUCAUCUACCAAUCAAUGAAGAAUGCUACCCUCUCCAAAUUUGCCAAAUUGACCCACAUCUCAUGUGGUGUUUCUAUGGUCUGUUGUUUGGUUAUGGGAAUCAGCGGUUUGUUGAACUUUGGUGAUGCCACAAAGGGAAACAUCUUGAACAACUUCAAGAGCAACGAUAACUGGAUUAACGUAGCCAGGUUUUGCUUUGGAUUGAAUAUGUUGACUACCUUUCCGUUAGAGAUUUUUGUCGUCAGAGAUGUCCUAAAAGACAUUGUCCUAGCAAACAGUUCCGACGCUCAGAAUGGAAGCACAGCCCAUCUUGAGUUGAGCUCCAAACAGCAUUUUGUUAUAACCACCGUGCUCGUGUUUUCUUCUAUGUCUGUUUCAUUAUUCACCUGUAAUCUCGGUAUUAUAUUAGAGUUGAUAGGUGCAACUUCGGCAUCAUUGAUGGCAUACAUCAUCCCUCCAUUGUGCUACUUCAAGCUUUCAUGGGAUCAAAUCGACUACAAGAACGCAGGAAAAAAAGACAAGAGAGACUUUAUCAUAUGGAAGGCAUUACCCAGCAUCUCCUGUGUUCUCUUUGGCUUUGCUGUUAUGUUUAUUUCGUCAUUCAUGAGCAUUCGUACCAGUCUUAAAGACACUGAAGGUGGUCAUUGUGUAGAAGAUUAA